GCAGAGAGAGGGUGGAGGACACUGAAUGGAGGCCAGUGGAGGGAUUGGCAGAGAGGGGUGGAGGACACUGAGUGGAGGCCAGUGGAGGGAUUGGCAGAGAGGGGGUGGAGGACACUGAAUGGAGGUCAGUGGAGGGAUUGGCAGAGGGGGUGGAGGACACUGAGUGGAGGCCAGUGGAGGGAUUGGCAGAGGGGGGUGGAGGACACUGAGUGGAGGCCAGUGGAGGGAUUGGCAGAGAGGGGUGGAGGACACUGAAUGGAGGCCAGUGGAGGGAUUGGCAGAGAGGGGUGGAGGACACUGAGUGGAGGCCAGUGGAGGGAUUGGCAGAGGGGGGUGGAGGACACUGAGUGGAGGCCAGUGGAGGGAUUGGCAGAGGGGGGUGGAGGACACUGAGUGGAGGCCAGUGGAGGGAUUGGUAGAGGGGGGUGGAGGACACAGAACGGUUGGUAA